AUGAAACAAUCACCCAAUGUUAGGGGUAGUGGUAGUAGUAGUGGUGGUUGUAGUGAUGGUGGUAGUAGUGGUGGUGGUGGUGGUGGUGGUGGUGAUGAAUCAUUGAUUGUCGACGAAAAACUUGGACGUACGAAAUGGUGCGGAACCGGAAACGUAGCAAAUUCAUAUAACGACCUUGGGAUAUGGGUUAAAGAAGAUAGAUGUUGUAGAGAACAUGAUCAUUGUCCGAUACAAUUAGAGCCAGGUCAAUGUAGGAAUGGUAUUUGUAAUUUUUCACCCUUCACAAGGUCUCAUUGCGAUUGCGACAAUGCGUUUAGAAGGUGUUUGGAAAAAACUAAAAGUAACAUAGCAAAUAUAAUAGGUUCGAUUUAUUUUAACGUUGCUCAAGGUACAUGCAUUUCAGAAAGAAGGUUUUGUCCACAGGCUAUGAGGUGCAGCGUAGGAGAAUUUCGUCGGAAUCGACCGUAUAAACCUAGCAGUAGUUUUAGUUUUAGUAGUGGUAGUGGUAGUAGCGGAUUAGUUAGAAUUUAUAAUUUAAAAAAAAAAUUAUUUUCUAAUUUAUUUAGCGGUAUAUUCGGCGGUAAUAGACAUCUUAUAAUUUUAUAA